UACUAUAUUAUUAUUUUCCCCUCUCUCUCACAACACAAACUUCAAGUUCAGUCUCUCUCCCUCUCUCUCUCAGACAGCAUAGCGACUUCUUUGUAGGGUUCAAAGUUGAAACCCUAUCUCGUAGGAAAUACCAUAGCCCCGAAAACCUAAGAAAUAUAUUGUAAUCUUUUUAGGGUUAUAUCUGUCUGUGUCUGUCUGAGAUAAAACAAAAACAGAGGGUUCGUGUAAUCGUGAUUUUCCAUGGUGGCUGGGAAGGUGAGAAUGGCAAUGGGGCUACAAAAGUCUCCGGCGAGUUCGAAACGAGAAACGCCACCGAAGCCGCCUCCAUCGCCGUCGCCGAAUCCGAGUCCGACUAAUAAAGCUCCUUCGAAAGCCGUGUUCUCACGCUCCUUCGGCGUGUACUUUCCACGCACCUCCGCUCAGGUUCAACCUCGCCCACCCGACGUCACCGAGUUGCUUCGCGUCGUCGAAGAUCUGCGCGAGCGAGAGUCGCUGUUGAAAACCGAACUCUUGGGGCACAAGCUUUUGAAAGAGUCGGUGGCUAUUGUUCCUGUUCUGGAGAGCGAGAUCUCAUCCAAGAACGCAGAGAUUGAUAGAGCUUCGAAGUUAGUGGAUGCGUUGGAGAUUGAGAACCAGAAGUUGAGAAUGGAACUGGAGGAGUUGAGGACGAAGAUUGAAUACGAAAGAGAAGAAAGCGAGAAAAAGUUGAAGGCAAUGGAGGUUGAAAUCUCAGAGUUGAAGAAAACGGCGUCGGAUCGUAGUAGUAGUAUUCUAAUAGAAAGCGAGGAGCUCUCGUCUUCGCAAAGGUUUCAAGGCUUAAUGGAAGUCGCUGUGAAAUCAAAUCUCAUCAAGAACUUGAAAAAGCAACACGGCGCCGUUUCGAACUUCGAGAAUAAUAACAACCAGAAACUUGAAGUGCAAGAUUCGAAGAAAGACGAGGCUGAUCAACACGAGAGACCGAGGCACUCAAGGUGUAACUCGGAGGAACUCGCCGAGUCAACUCUGUCCAGUCUCAGAUCUCGCCCUCCUAGGGUUCCAAAACCACCACCUCCAAGGCCUUCUUCAACAUCAUCAUCAUCAUCCUCAUCAUCAUGUUCAUCCAACGGUUCUUGUGGUUUGAUGACGGAGCAAGCAAAUAUUCCUCUUCCUCCACCGCCGCCCCCUCUGCCUAAGAUGGCUGCUCCACCGCCGCCACCACCUCCGCCGCCGAAGGGGAUGAAGAUGGGGGCAGCGAAGGUGAGGAGAGUGCCGGAAGUGGUUGAGUUUUACCAUUCUUUAAUGCGGAGAGAGUCUCGCCGUGACUCCGCCACCUCUGACGUGGCACCGGCAACCGCCAAUGCCCGUGACAUGAUCGGCGAGAUCGAGAACCGGUCUGCUCACUUGCUCGCGAUAAAAUCAGAUGUAGAAACUCAAGGAGACUUCAUAAGGUUUCUGAUAAAAGAGAUCGAGAAUGCUGCAUUUGCAAACAUUGUGGAUGUUGUGCCUUUUGUUAAAUGGCUAGACGACGAGCUCUCUUACUUGGUGGAUGAAAGAGCAGUGCUGAAACACUUCAAUUGGCCAGAGCAGAAAGCGGAUGCACUGCGCGAGGCAGCAUUUGGGUAUUGUGAUCUCAAGAAGCUCGAAUCCGAGGCUUCAACCUUUCGUGACGAUGCCCGCCAGCACUGUGGACCUGCUCUCAAGAAAAUGCAGGCUCUGCUCGAAAAGCUAGAGCAUGGUUUGUACAAUCUCUCACGAAUUAGGGAAUCUGCAACAAAGAGAUAUAAAGUUUUUCAGAUUCCAACGGAUUGGAUGCUGGAUACUGGUUUUGUAGCCCAGAUCAAGCUGGCUUCUGUGAAAUUGGCCAUGAAGUAUAUGAAGAGAGUAUCUGCAGAGCUUGAAACAGUUGGCGGUAGUCCCGAAGAAGAAGAGCUGAUAGUACAAGGUGUUAGAUUUGCAUUCAGAGUACACCAGUUUGCAGGUGGUUUUGAUGUUGAAACUAUGAGGGCCUUCCAGGAGCUUAGAGAUAAAGCCAGAGCAUGCCAUGUACAAUGCCAAAGCCAGCAACAACAGAAAUUUGUGUGCAGGUCUACAGCUUGUUAAUCUGUAGCAAACUCAGCUGCAGAAUUGCUAGUUUUUGUUGUAAAGAUACAGCUUGUUUGUGAAUAUUAUGGCGGCGUCAGCUUUUUAUUAAUUCAUUAAUUACUUGGAAACAAGAUUGCAAUACUGUAUGGUUUAGUUCUUUCAUCAAAGACUUUGAGGAAUUAUUUCA